CGGGCCCGAGGACGCAGCCUCGUGGCAGCAGGCCUGGCCCGACGGGCCCCUGGAGGACAGCCCGGUGCCCCCGUGGAACACGGCGGCUUUGCCAGAGUCCCCCACGCCUCCCCUCCGCCUGGGUGCCUGCAGUCGGGCCGGGUCCACGGUCGGUGCCGUGUCCCGAUGCUCGUCCCCGUGUCCGGCGGCGCCGGCCCUCGCCGAGCGUCUCGCCGAGAUCGCCGUGGAGAGGCACAAGGUGACGCUGCUUGAGACGCUACACCAAGGUACGUUCGGUCAGGUGCACCAUGGCCUCCUCAUCGAAGAUUGGGCUGAAGUGGGCACCGAGCAGAACGUCAUCGUCAAGACUGUCACCCGCGAGGCGUCGGCGGCGCAGACGUCGCUGCUGGUCCGCGAGGGCAUGGCCCUGGCCGGCAUGAACCACGCCAACGUGCUGGCCGUCGUCGGUGCCGCCUGCGACGAGCCCGGGCCCCCGCUGCUGCUCUACCCCUACAUGAGCGGGGGAAGCCUCAAGCGCUUCCUCAGGAACGCUGACCAGGUGCUCGUCACGCAGGACCUGGUGGACAUGGCUAUCCAGGUGGCCGAAGGACUCCAGUACCUGCACAAGAGGGGCUUCGUGCACAGGGACGUGGGAACCAGGAACUGCCUCGUGGACGACCGGCUACACGUGAAGCUGGCGGACAGCGCCCUGUCCAGGGACCUGUACCCGGACGACUACCACUGCCUGGGCGACGGUGAGAACAGGCCCGUCAAGUGGCUGGCCCUCGAGAGCCUGGUGCGGGGCCACUUCUCGGCCGCCAGCGACGUCUGGAUGUACGGCGUCGCGCUCUGGGAGCUCAUGACGCUGGCCCAGCAGCCUUACGCCGAGCUGGACCCUUUCGAGGUGGCCGCCCACCUAAGCCAGGGCUACCGCCUCGGACAACCCGUCAACUGCCCGGAUCCGCUGUUCGGCGUGAUGGAGCUGUGCUGGCGCGCCCAGCCCGACAGCCGUCCCGGCUGGCUGACCCUGCUACGUCUGCUGGCCGACCUGUACGCGGCGCUGAACCGCUUCAUCUGAGAAGGAGCGCGCCUCAUCGGAGGAACUGCGUCGUCCGGCCGUCGACAAUCAGUCCGCCCUGCACUAAGGCCGACGCAGCGCGAGAGCCGCCCCCGAGCUUAUUAGCCCGGCCUGGAUCCGGGAAAGGGGCGAGGCUGCUCGUCUUCGCUCACAAUCAAAGGACAGAGGAGGAGGACACAGAAGGGACAGCGUUGCGCCGCCGUCGCUUGACACACUGCUGCCCAUGGACCCUUUUCGAACGUUUUUCCGCUUACGCCUCCCUGCGAUCGACUCUGGGUACUGUCGAGAAACGCUUCGUACUCAAGUACGCCAAACUUUUCAACCUGCCAACAGGCUCCGGGCAGCAGGGUACGCCUCAAAAAAGAGGCUGCAGGUGUGACGCCGUUCGACAUACAUGACGACGAAAGAAGAACGCGCUACUUAUAAACAAGUCAGCGUUUGUCCCUGUAGGCACUGCGCACGCGAAGAAACCAGAUUUGCACGAGGUGAACAUUUUCCGCAUGCGCCCUGGGCCGACAGCAGCGCCACCGUUGAGACGUGACGUCGGAGUACCAGGAGGGCCACGGAGGCAGUAAAGGCAGCCAAUGACAGAGAGCUGCUCUGCGUCGCUUCACUGCCCGAUGGAGCGUCAUGCCAGGCCGUCCUCCGAUUAACAUAUUAUUUCGCACAAUGAACGACGCGGAGAAGCCCGUGUUGACUGACUGCCGUAACGUCUUUACAAAAGCAAAUCGGCGAGAACUUCUCAACGUCCCUUUCUUAUACGUGGCAUAAUGGCGAUGUCACAUCGGCCUUCCAUCUCUCACGCGCAUAUGUCCCGCGGUCACUUCUGCACUUGUACGAGGGAAGGUCCUUCACGAAUCGUUUCGAGAGCAGUUGCGUAAGAGAACCUGGGUUACAGUGUCGAGUGGUGGAAGUACCGUGUGACCGACAAUGGACACAUUGGUUGGAAAAUGACUCGCUUAUGCGUGCUGCUUUUCCAAAGGCGCAGCACUUCAGGUUUCGAGCAUAUUUUAUUACGGCCUGUAAAUACAAUGUGAUCCGUUCCUCUCCCA